ACUUUUCUGAACCAGAAGAACUUUGUAACCGAUUUCCUCAACAAAAUCGAAGAAAAGACUGGAAUUAAGAAGCGUUUACUUGUAAUAGAUUCUCUAUGGGGUUCGGGUCAGGCGAGUCGGCUGGCCAAUCGAGCACAGUAAUACCACGGUCAGCAAACCAGUUACUAGCAGUUUUGGCACUGUGGGCAGGUGCAGAGUCCUGCUGGAAAAGGAAAUCAGCAUCUCCAUAAAGCUCGUCAGCAGAUGGAAGCAUGAAGUGCUCUAAAAUCUCCUGGUAGACGCUGCACUGACUCUCGACUUGAGAAAACACAGUGGACCAACACCAGCAGAUGACCUGGCAACCCAAAUCAUCACUGACUGUGGAAACUUCACACUGGACUUCAAGCAACUUGGAUUCUGUGCCUCUCCACUCUUCCUCCAGACUCUGGGACCUUGAUUUCCAAAUGAAAUGCAACAUUCGUCUUCCCCAUGAUGGUUGUGUACUGAACCAGACUGAGAGAUUAAAGCCUCAGGAAACCUUUGCAGGAGCUGCUUCUGCAACAGGACUUUAUUUAUUGGUUGGAUAUGGAGCCUCCCUGAUCUGCAACUUGAUUGGCUUUGUUUAUCCUGCAUACUAUUCCAUCAAGGCUAUUGAGAGUCCAAACAAAGACGAUGACACACAGUGGCUAACUUACUGGGUGGUGUAUGGAUUCUUUGGCGUGGGGGAAUUCUUCUCAGACAUCUUCCUGUCCUGGUUUCCUUUCUACUAUUUGUGCAAAUGCCUGUUCUUGUUAUGGUGCAUGGCUCCAGUACCCUGGAAUGGCUCGCAGCUGUUGUAUAAGCGUCUGGUGCAACCACUCUUCCUCAAACACGAGGCCACUAUGGACAACAUGGUUUGCAAUCUGAGCGGGAAGGCUAUAACAGCUGCAGAAACUGUUACAAGAGAGGUUCUUCAGACUCUGGUGAGAAACAGGAUUCACCCAGCUGAGCCAGCUGCCAAAGAGCUUCCUGGUCCAUCUGUAUGUAAACAGCUCCAUGCGCCGAUAUCAUAUUAUUAGUUCUUUCUUGUAUAAAUCCAAUCCUAAGUCUAGGGUAAUGCUGCACAUGUUCUUUUCAUUUUUCUUUUCACGUUUCUCCUUUUCCAUCAUUAAUUUAUCUCUCCAUUUGCAUGCCUGUACAGAAUGAACCCAAGGUAGACUGAACUGUAAGUGCUCGAGUAUUUUAUGGUCUCUCAGCACUUCUCGGAUGAUUUUGACUGACUAAUAAAAAUAAAUCAUCUCACAUCUGUUUUUACAGUCACACAGGGUUCCACUUCCAAAGUCACAGGACGGCAAGGAAUGAAAUCACCUGGACAUCAGUAGACAAUGGUAUAAUGAGCCUGUGCAGUUUACUUGAAGUAUGUUAUCUAAUACCAGCUAAGUGUAAGGGUCCACACACUGGUCCAACGACGGUAUCCAAUGACGUGGUAGAAGGAUUCCCACGUGUUCCUGUCUUUUUAAAGCGAUGUGAAUAUAUUUAAAUUUGUCAUUACAAUUCUGCUUGACUCUCUCUUAAAUUAAAUCUGACUCCAAUUG